AUGUCUGUCUCCAUUGAAACCACCCAAGUCCCCACUGCCCCAAUGACCAGCCAACCUGUCCUUCUGGGCCAACAGGCACGCAUGCCUGAGUUCAGUCUUGCCGGCAAGGUCGUUCUCGUUUCUGGUGCUGGUCGUGGACUGGGUCUCACACAGAGCGAAGCCCUCCUCGAAGCCGGAGCAAAGGUCUACGCCCUCGACAGACUGGAGGAGCCUGCUCCAGAAUUCUUCGAACUCCAGCAACGCGCCAAAGACCUUGGUACUGAGCUUCAGUAUCGCCGCAUCGAUGUCCGCGACACCGAGUUGCUGAACAGCGUCAUUGAGGGCAUCGCCCAGGUUGAAGGACGCAUGGAUGGCCUCGUUGCUGCGGCUGGUAUCCAACAGGAGACUCCUGCGCUCGAGUACUCUGCUAAGGACAGCAACACCAUGUUCGAGAUCAACGUCACUGGUGUGUUCAUGACUGCCCAGGCGGUUGCCAAGCAGAUGAUUCGCUUUGGAAACGGUGGAAGUAUCGCCAUGAUCGCCAGUAUGAGUGGUACCAUUGCCAAUCGGGGCCUUAUUUGUCCCGCCUACAACGCCUCCAAGGCUGCCGUCAUCCAACUUGGUCGCAACCUCGCUGCCGAAUGGGGCCAAUACAAUAUCCGUGUCAACACUAUCUCCCCGGGUUACAUCGUCACUGCCAUGGUUGAGAAGCUGUUUGUUGAGUUCCCUGAGCGCCGCGAUCAGUGGCCCAAGGAGAACAUGCUCGGUCGUCUGUCUCGUCCCGAGGAGUACCGUGGUGCAGCAGUCUUCCUGCUUUCCGAUGCCUCUUCGUUCAUGACUGGCUCUGACCUGCGCAUGGACGGUGGUCACGCCGCGUGGUAG